AUGAACCUACGUGAGACAAUCGAAUUAAACAAGCGUGAUCUAUCUAUCUAUCUAUCUAUCUAUCUAUCUAUCUAUCUAUCUAUCUCAGGAUGUUCCUAUCUAUCUAUCUAUGUGACGCUUAUCCUGUUCUAUCUAUCAAUCUAUGUGACGCUUUUCGUAGCUAUGUAUCUAUCUUUCUCAGGCUAUUUGUUUCCAUCUUUCUGUCUAAUUCUGUUCAUUAUAUAUCAUUUUCGUCUUGAUAAUAUCUAUCUGUUCAUAUAUCUGUCGGAUCACAUCUAUCUAUCUAUCUAUCUAUCUAUCUAUCUAUCUAUCUAUCUAUCUAUCUAUAAAAUCAGUCUUUUCAUUAUCUAUCUAUCGCGCGAUCCCAGACUGUUUACAUCUAUCUAUCUAUCUAUCUAUCUAUCUAUCUAUCUAUCUAUCUAUCUAUCUAUCUAUCUCAAGUUGUUCCUAUCUAUCAAUCUAUGUGACGCGUUUCGUAGCUAUGUAUCUAUCUAUCUAUCGCAGGCUAUUUGUUUCCCUCUUUCUGUCUAA